AGGCCGCCCAACACAAAGGGCAGACAGAGCUUGCUAACUUCGCUGGCUUUCUUAUUCGCAUUAAAGGCAGCACGCACCUGGGGUUCCCCGGCAUCGUGGAAGGGGCUCCCGCGCUCAUCACGCUCUUGCCCUGACCAACGGGGAAGAGACCGACUCCCUGAGCUGUUUCCAAGCGGGAGCAGCGGUGGGGAGGAGGUGUGGCCUCAGCUGAGACGAUUACAACUCCCAGCCCGCAUUUCGUGUCGAUAUGGCCGACGCCGCAUCUCUCCAGAAGCAGGUUGGGAGUAGCAGGCGCGCAGCCUAACUCAGGCCGCUUAGCACCAACCCAAAACUCAACACACCACGUAUCCUGACAAUUUAUGCAUGUGGACAGAGGGAGUCAAGAUGGGUUUUUACAUCAGUUCCCUCUCCAGAGCGCCCAAUGGCAACAGGGCCCCGCCAGAGUCUUCACGCCCCCCUGCCAAGCGUUACCAGGCAGCGCCCAGCUACAACUACAGAUGGACAGAGCUACACUAUGAGGCCAGCCGUGGCAAUGUGGAGAAGCUGAAGCAACUCUUGGUGACCUCAAGUGGGUGCAGGGAGCUGGUGGACCAGAAAGAUUAUUAUGGCAAGACUCCUCUUUACUGGGCUGCCUACAAGGGACAGAGGCACUCGGUGGAGGUGCUGCUGCAACAUGGUGCCAAUGUCAACACAUGCUGUAAGCACGGAGGGACCCCUCUUCAUGCAGCCGUUGGCCUUUUCCCAGACUGCACCCUGCUGCUAAUCCAGCACGGUGCAGACGUGAACCUACAGGACAACUGGGGAGUGACCCCUAUGUACUUGGCUGCAUGCAGUGGACAGACAGAGUGUAUCCGGCUGCUGGUGCAGGCAGGUGCCUGCAUCUCCUACAGAAACAAGCGUACAGGAGCACCUCCCAAGCGCCUCGUUUCGCAGCCAGCGCUGAUGUCCUGGAUGGAUUCUUGCCGCCAGCAGCCCUGUUCCCUCAAGCACCUCAGCCGCCUGUCUAUCCGAACUGCCCUAGGCCACACGAGGCUCCAAGCCAUUGGGGACUUUGACCUCCCUCCACUGCUGAAGCAAUACCUUAUGUUUGAAGACUUGACUCUGCCAGAGCGGCUCUUGCCUUGAGAUGCGUGGAGUUGGUUACUCACAGCCGGCUAGGUUGGCACUGUUCUCUGCAGCAGGAAUCGGAAGGAUGGUGGUGCCAGAGCUGCCUUUUCCCUGCCCAGUGGCUCACCUUUGUCUUUCUUCGCUGUGGUGGGCCAGCACCAUUCCUCACAGAAGUCGGGCUCUCCAGGCCCAAGAUCAAGGCUGAGGUGACAAUAUUGGGGGGUGGGGGGGUUAGGUUGUUUUUUUUAAAAGGCGAGUAAGUGGGGACAUGAUAAAGGAGUAUAAAAGUAUGCAUGGUGUGGAGAAAGGUUAAAGUGAUGUUUUUUUCUCUCAUAAUACAAGAAUCGUCAUACAAGGAAGCUGAAUGUUGGGAGUUGCAGGACUGAAAAAGGCCAAUAGUUCUUCACACAGUGCAUAGUUAAAACAAUGGAAUUUGCUGCCAGAAGAUGUAGUGAUGGUCACCAGAUUGGAUGGCUGUGAAAGGGCUUUAGAUUUUAGACAAAUUUAUGCAGGAUAGGGCUGUCCAUGGUGACUAGUCAUCAUGGCACUCUAUUACCUCCAGGAUCAGAGGCAACAUUCCUCUGAAUACCAGUUCCUGGGACUCGCAAGUGGGGAGAGUGGCUGUUGUGUUCACGUCCUACUCGCAGGCUUCCCAUCUGGUUGGCUACUGUGCCAAACUGGCACACCUUCAUCACGUCUGCUGGUCUCCUGGGUCUCUGGCAUUUGGAUGGAAGAAUUGUCUUGCUGUAUCAGGUCCAGAGUUCUCUCCCCAACAAAAGUCAGCCAGAUACUGCUGGGAAGCUUGUCAGCAGAGGGUGAAUGUGAUGUCCUGCAUCCCCUGUUGCUUGCUGACGCCACAUGCACUUUAAAAGCAGGGGAGGGCAGGCUUCAAACUUGCAGGAUUUUCUUUGUUUUUUACUAGAACCCCUGAAAUUCACCAAACAGAGUUGGGUACAAAAGCCAAAAGCCAAUCCGUAAGUCAAAAAGAAAGUAAAAUCCAAAAUCAUUUCCUAUUUUAUCUCAAGAUAAAAUGGCUGUUUCUUAUAGUUUAUCAACCCGUCACAGAUGCCAAACAGGUGAGGCCCUCAGUCACUGUCCAAGGCCAUUGCUGUGGGCUUUUGUAAGUUAAGUAACUUGCUGGGCCACACCCCUUAGAGUCCCUGCGGGAAGGGGGAGGGCGAUGACUGCUCAGAGACUGGCAGAUGCUCCAGCAGGCAGGGGUGGUUCACUCCAGCAGGUAAAGAUGGCUUGUCCAUCCCUUCAUCCACAUUUAUUGAUUUAAAUAUUUUUACAGUCCAUCCUUCCUCCCAUUCAGAGCACAGGGCGGCUUCACAAAAGAAAUCAUUAAAUUGUCUAAAAUAAACAACAGCCAUAGAAUCAUUAUAUUACAUUAAAAUACAACAGAGCAGCAACCUGAAUACCUAAAGCAGCCUUUGCCUACCUGGUGCCCUCCUAGCACUGGUGGUAGUUGUCGUCUUGAAACAUCUGGAGGGUACCAGGUUGGCAAAGGCUGACCUAAAGGGACCACAGCCCCAACAUAAAACAAAUUGCAAACCACGAGGCUGGAUAAACAAAAGCAUUUUCAAUUGAUGUUUAAAUAUAUCUACCGUGGACGUUCAGUCUGUCUCAACUGAAUAUCCCCUGGGAGGGAGUUCCAUAAAUGGGAUGCCACCCCCAGGAAGACCUGUCACAUGUCGCCAUCAUCCUAGCUUUUGCUAAGGAUGGGACCACAAGCAGGGAAUGUAUACCAAGUCAGACCACUAGCUCAGUAUUGUCUACACUGACUGGCAGUGGCUCUGCAGGGUUUCUGGAAGGAGUCUCUCCCAGCCCUACUUAGAGAUGCUGCCAGGGAUUGAACCCGGGACUUAAAGCAGAUGCGCUGUCAUUGAGCUACAGUCCUUCCCCCAGGGCAGAGCAGGGCACCUCCUGCUGGUUGUAACAAGCGGGUUGACUAGUAACUGGAAAGACUUUGCCAUCUCUGUUCAACUACAACAAAUGUGAUGCACAUCCUUGUUCUUUACUGAAAAUACCAUUUAAAAACCUGGAUAACAAAAGCUUUGAAAAACUGCAGUUGUUAGUUGUUUCUAUUUGCUGUUAACGUUGGUGGUUAUAGUGUUCUUAGCUCUUUAAAUUUUGCUAUCUUACUGCAUUUAUGUAUAUUGUGUUUAUUUGUUUAUUUACUACACUUCUAUCCCACCCAAUAACCAAAACACUGAGUGAUUUAUAA